GUGACUGAGAGGAGUCAGAGCUAAGACUCCGGUGCUCCUUUUCACAUCUGCAGCCGGAGACAGCCGGAGACUGUGCAAAGCAAGGCAAGAUCUCCCAUUUCCAGCUCACUUAGCCAGUGCUCUAUCUUAUGGGCAUCUGCUGCAGCCCGGCUAAGGCAGAACUGAACCCGGCAGCAGGAGAUCAAACUUAGGCGCCCCUUUGGACUAUAUCAUCCCCACAGGAGGGAGAGCGAGCGAGAAGGGAACUGAGCAGGAGCUCCAACAGCAUUGCAGAAUGGUUUGGAAACUUUCUUUCUCUUUGUUCCUUGUGGCUAUGCUGAUGAAGGUGGCAGAAGCUCGGAAAAAUCGGCCCCCGGGAGCCAUCCCUUCCCCAUACAAGGACAGCAGUAGCAACAACUCCGAGAGGUGGCAACAUCAGAUGAAGGAAGUGCUGGCUUCUAGCCAGGAGGCCUUAGUAGUCACCGAGCGGAAGUAUCUGAAGAGCGACUGGUGUAAGACCCAGCCCCUAAGGCAGACGGUCAGUGAAGAAGGCUGUCGGAGCCGCACCAUCCUCAACCGCUUCUGUUAUGGCCAGUGCAACUCCUUUUACAUCCCUCGGCACGUGAAGAAGGAGGAAGAGUCCUUCCAGUCUUGUGCUUUUUGUAAGCCCCAGCGGGUCACUUCUGUACUGGUAGAACUAGAGUGCCCAGGGCAGGACCCCCCAUACCGACACAAAAAGAUUCAGAAGGUAAAGCAGUGCCGAUGCAUGUCUGUGAACCUCAGUGACUCAGACAAACAGUGAAUGGCCUCAGUGGCAGGAUGCUGCUCAGCAUUUAGGGGGGACCCCUCACCCCACCUCCUGUCAGAUUUGCUGCUGCCUCUAUCCCUUUCCUCUGAGCAGAUUCACGCACUGGCUGGACCCUUUCUUUUCAGCAGGCAGUUCUUUGGGGGAUGCAGGUUUCCGUGUCACCUUGACCGGAAAUAGAAGCUUGGCUUAUGUGUUCCCGGGUGCCCCUUGGCAAGAUUCCUGCAUCUAAGACCAGCCUGUGAAGCAAGCCCUAAGGAAGAAGAUGGAAAACAGUUACCAACCAAAAAGAAAGAAAGAAAUUGGAAGGAUAUUUUAGGUGAUGCACUGUUAAAUCCAGCAUUAAUGUUUCCACUGUGUGGGAAAAGAAAAGAAAAGAAAUAUAUCUCCUCAACCCUACACUCCGACCAUAUCCAUGUGAAGUGAAAGAUGUCUCUAUGGCUUCACUGUCACUGGAUUUCCCAACUGGGAACUUUUCACUUUGUGGAUUUCAUGCCACCACUGCUGCCUGAGGCUGUGAUGUAGACAAGCACAUGGUUCAAAUAAAAACAAAAUGAAAUUAUGGAGAGACUCUUGACAAGCUUGAUUGCAAGAAGAAGCUGGAAGCCCUUUGAACCAAGGAUUUGGCUUCCCUAGGGGACCUUGCUCAAGUCACAGGAUUGUAGUAUCAUAAUUCUAGAGCUGGAAGGGACCUUUCAGGUCAUCUAGUCCAAUCCUCUUAUUUGACAAAUGAGUAAACUGAGACUCAGAGAGGUAAAGUGAUUAGGCUGAAGUCACCCAAGUCAGUAUUAGAGGCAGGGUUUGAACAUGAUUCUCUGACUCCAGAUUUACUGUACCACACUGCCUUCUUCCUCCCACUCUAAAAUAUGGGUAGAUGUAAACUUCCUCACCUUUUUUGUUGUUCCUUCCUUUCCUCCCAAUUCAUGGACUUGAGACAGAUUUUGGUUUUGCAUGCUUUGUUGCUGCAGUUAAAAAUAUUAUUACACACAAAGGUCUCUACAUUAACGCUGGUUUUUAUAAUCAACCUGUAGUAAAGAGCUGUUAAAAGUAUAAUCAUCCUAUCCAAGUAUUGUUUCACGUGUCAAUUUUGACUCUGGCAUUGGAUAACAAUUCUGAGUAAACACCAAGUAGCUGGGGUUGGAAUCUUCCUCCACAUAGACCAGUUUCAUGGUAGCUAGAGAUGCAGACGCUUGCCACUCAGAAAUAUUUCCCAAUCAGCUAUUCAUUGCUAAAUAUCUAUGCUUGGGGAUGGGCAGGGUGGGGAAAACACUAAUUUCACUUAAGGUACUAGAGCAUCUUGACACAGAGUUGGGGGGUAAGGGGGAGCAUUUGGGUGAGAAUGAAUGGAGUUAAUUGUUAAAUUGAAUAACAAAAGCCCCCUUAACUUUUAAAGUGUUUAGAUUAGAAAAAGGACACUAUUUUCACUGCCGUGACACUAAGCAUAGACCUUUCCUGCUAAAACAAAAAAGAAAGGGAAAUUUAAGAGACAAAGGAUUUGGGAUAUUUUUCUAUGAAGAGAUAAAUGAACAAUGAAAUACAUCCAAUUAAAGCUAAGUUAAGCCAUUAAAUAGGGGAUUUUAACCCCUCCUUUUUUUUUUUUUUUACAUGUCAUGACCCUUUUUUGGAAAUCUAAUAAAGCCUAUGAUUCUUCUCAUAAUAAAUAUUGUUUUAAAAUCAUAAUGAAAGGAAAUGCUAAAUUUCAGUUGAAAAUUAGUAGAAAAAAUAAUUUUAACUUAAAAAAAUAUUCAUUCAUCUUCUAGAAUAUCCUGAAAUUACCCACAGACCCUUUGAGAGUCCAAGGAUUUGGGGUUAGGAACCUGUAUAUUAAAGAAUAGAAUAUAAAGAAUAAUAUGGGAGUUACAGGGACAAAUUUUUUUACCUUUUCAAAUAGACCCUCAUUUUCAUAGUGACAUAGAAAUUUUUCUGCAUUAGUUAUUUGGCUUAUAAAAAUUUAGGUAACUAAAAUGAUUAUUUAAAUUUAUCAAAUAUUUAUUUUAAGUUCCUAUUUACUUAUACAACUUACCACAGUAGACAGUGGAGUUAAAGGGACAUUUUUUUUUUCCAAAAAUAUUUUCAAAAUAUGAGAGUCUCAAGGAGCUGUCAAGCUUUUUUAGGUUCUUUUUUAGAUUGCAACAAUGCCCUAUUUCUGUUUGUAAGAAAGAGGAUUUAUAAACUCUUACAGAUGGGAAAGAGUUGCAUCUUUAUUGAACUUAGCAUCUUCUGAAACAAUUUUGAGUAAUUUUUCAAGAAGUGAUCCUCUUAUUUCUGCAGUUUAAAUUGUUAAGACAUUCCUGCUAAGGAAGUUCACAAUGACUUAGUUCCAAUACUGUCUAAAACUGUGAGGAUAAUUUUUCUGGAAUUCACCUAUUGAAUUUAAAAGGGUCUUUACAGGAUUUCAGGGGGAGGCCUAGGGAUCUAGAAGUCAAUAUGUUGCUUCCUUUCCCAGCCUCACUGCUUUAAUUUCUAUCAAUGGUUUGUAUUUAUGAGGAUGGGGAAUGUGGUACUGAAAAGAUAGUUGGCUUCCACACCAGCCUUUGACAUGCUUCUCAAUUAAACACGUGGUGGCCCCAAAAGGAGCAGCACUAAAUUACAAUAUUGGUAAGGUAGCUAGGGAGUAGGGGUAAACAUAGGCAGGUGAGAGCAGCAGAGGGAGGAGCAUGGGCAAAUCCUACCUAACUUCAGAACCGACAUUCUUAUACCUAGUGUUGUAUUAAAAAUAAAAUUCUGAGAUUAUGAAGGUCAGCAGAAAAGUUAUGUAAGGAAGUAGUUCUGAGAUGCCUACAUGGGCAUCUUUUUGAGACUCUCUUAUAAAGCCGAUCCCUGUGACCAAGUUAGCAGAAGAUCAUGCAGAUUAAGCUAUACAUAAACACAACACAAACGUGCACACUCUCCAGGGGUAUCAAUAAAAGCAAUAUGAUAUGCUGCAGUGUGAAGCCCUUUCUGGAGAUUAUUGUAUGUAAAAACUAAGUUUACCUUAUAAUGGUUCAAACUGUAUUUAAUUGUUUGUGUUUUUUGUUUUACAAAUGAAGAAAAAAGCUAUAAGUAUAAUGUAAUUAUUUUAUAGGUGUACUAUUAAAUUAUAGAACAAAUAAAGAUACUCUAGGAUUAUAUGUAAUCAAA